GCUGGUGAGGAAAGUGCACAAAAUGUCAAUUUAGCUGAUAUUUUUCCCCAAUAAACACAUCAAUAACAAUGUCCAAAGGAUAUAACAUAUCGAAGGAGGACGAGGAAAGGUUUGCAAAACUGUUCAAUACGAUAGACAGAAACAAAGAUGGGAGAAUUGACAUCAGCGAUCUGAGCGCAUUGCUGAAGUCAAAAAAUGUUCCAAAUGCCUCAGAUCAAGCACAGCAUCAUCACAAGCAUCAUAUACAACACUGGGAAACGUAUCACCGGCGUCAUAUACGACAUUGGGAAACGCAAUUGAUGAAACAUGAUGAGGACAAAGAUGGGAAGAUGUCGUUUGACGAGUUCCUUAAAUAUGUUACAGAACACGAGAAAAAACUCAAACUGUACUUCAAGAAGCUGGACACAAAUCAGGAUGGUGUUAUUGAUGCCAGUGAAAUCAAAGAGUCUUUUAAGAAUAUGGGUGUCAGUGUAUCCAGUGCUGAGGCAGAAAAUCUCCUGAAAAGAAUGGACAGAGACGGAACUUUAGCGAUAGAUUACGGAGAAUGGAGAGACUUCCUGAUACUGUCGCCGAGCAACAACCUCCAUGAUAUUCUCCACUAUUGGAGACACUCAACAAUUAUAGAUAUUGGUGAAAAUGCAAUAGUACCAGAUGACUUCACAGAAACUGAGAUGCAGACGGGUAUGUGGUGGCGCCACCUGGUGUCGGGCGCAGCUGCUGGUGCAGUUUCACGUACAUGCACGGCUCCCUUGGACAGAUUGAAGAUAUUGUUUCAGGUUCACGGGUCAAAGAUUGAGAAGAAAAACAAACUGACGAUAAGUGAUGGAUUCAAGCACAUGUUGAAGGAGGGUGGAGUGAAGUCAUUGUGGCGUGGUAAUGGCAUUAAUGUGAUAAAAAUAGCUCCAGAGUCGGCGAUCAAGUUUAUGGCAUAUGAACAGUUCAAGAGAAUUUUUAAGUCGGAUAAUAAAGAGAUUGGACCUUUAGAAAGAUUUGCAGCUGGGUCUUCGGCUGGAGCAUUUUCUCAAACGUGUAUAUACCCAAUGGAGGUUUUGAAAACCCGAUUAGCAAUACGCAAAACAGGACAGUACAAGGGGAUGAUAGACUGUGCUAUGAAAUUGUUCAAGAAUGAGGGACCAGGUGUAUUUUUUAAGGGCUACAUACCAAAUAUUAUUGGUAUUAUACCCUAUGCUGGAAUAGAUCUGUGUAUAUAUGAGUCAUUAAAAGUGAUCUACAUGGGAAGGUACAAGGACCAGGAUCCAGGUGUAAUGGUCUUAUUAGGGUGUGGUACAACAAGUUCCACAUGCGGACAGCUGUGCAGUUAUCCACUCGCCCUCAUUAGAACUAAACUGCAAGCAGAAGCAAGUUCCAAAAGCACCAUGAGCUCAAUGUUCAAGAAGAUCUACACAGAAGAAGGUUUCAAGGGGUUUUAUCGCGGUCUUGCACCAAAUUUCCUCAAAGUAGCACCUGCCGUUAGCAUAAGUUAUGUGGUUUAUGAACAUGUUAGAAAGCAACUAGGUGUGAAAAUGUCAUAGGCGAUCACUGUAGCGGUCAUUUGUAACUAUAAUAAAGAAUUUAUAUCUGCUAAAUAAUUAUAUAUAUAUCGCAGCAGACGAAGCAUUGAAUUUGUCAGCAGGCUAUUUAUAGUAGAUUCGGGCUGACAGGAAGUUUUAUUUUUCUUCAGAGGCAUAAUGAAUGAAAGAGGAUUGAGAUCAUUACUGGUGCAGAAUCGGAAAUAUUUGUUUGUUUUCCUCUCUUUGGGAUGCUACCGGGUACUUUUAGCAACCUUGUUAAAGAUGAGCUUAUCAUGGUAUUUGUUAAUGCUUGGAAAAGUAACAAAAGAAAAGUCGGUGGAUAUCUAUUUCUCAUUAGAUGGGGUGUUAAACAGAGAGGUAGGGGGAACAAGCGUUGUUUUAUAUAUGGCUUGUAUGUUAUGUGGAUAAGAAAGUUUUGUUUAUGUUGUGGACCUGUUAUGACUAUUGGCUAAUUUUGUGAGUGUACGUACGUCUUGUUUGCUCGAUUCAGGUGUUCUUCGAAUGUUCUCUCAAAGAAACAGCUGAAGAUGCUGAGCUGGCAUACAAGAACACAUAAUCACCCUGAAGUUGCCAAUUGUCAUUAUUGUAGUACUGCUACCUUAAAUGUACACCAUAAAGAGAAAGAUGUUAGAUAGGCAUAGGAUAGUCUUUCAAGCUUUUGUUAGAUUACGUUUCUUGUUAACCAUAAAAAAUCCUUCGCACAUAGUGAAAUACUAAAUGGCUUACUACAUUAUAAAUGUACUUUAUUUUGAAUAGCAUAUUAUUUAGGUUUAACACGUGAAUCUAUACAGUUGAAAUUUCAAUGUCUGAAUUUUGUCUCAACAGGUGUUUAUAUUAAUAUAUAGUAACAUACCUGUACAAAUAUGAAGUUAUAUUUUAGUUUUAUAUUCGCUCUAUUAUUAACCAUAUUUCUGCUGUGAAAAUUCAUUUUACAUAUCUAGUAAAUGUUAGUGCACUUUAUAGAUAUUUAUUAGUUUAAAAUAAAUAAAAAAAAAUUGUGGCAAAAUUGGCAAAAUUUUUGUAGAAUUUCCAAAGAGCACAUUUUGAAUGAUUAAGGUAAAAUGAUUUAAAUUCAUGGGCAUAAAAUUUCGUGGUUUCAGCCAAAAAUAGAAAUUUUGUGGGGACAUAAAUUUGUAGAUUCUGAUUCUACAUUUUAUGGAUUAAAAUGAAUAGGAAUUAUAUACUUUUUGGAAAUUUAAUUUUGCGGAAAGAUUCAGCCACAAAGUCCACAAAAAUAAUUACCCUCCAGUAAUAAUGAUUUUACAGUGUACUGUUGAUUGAUUUUGAAGUUUUGUGAUUUACCAAGAAUUCCAGGACUGUAAAACUCCAUAAAUGAUAGAUAAUGUAUUUAGAAACUAGUAUAAUUAUGUUAUCCAAUUUGAAUGUGAUGGAUUUUAAAUGUGAUAUUUUUUAAAGGUCCAUUACUAAGAGAAAGUGAGUUGGCAAUUUUUUUCAUAGCCAGUGCAUAGACUUCUGCAAGACACUAAAUAAUGAAGAUUGGCAGGUCAAAAUUUACAGAAGGUCUUUGGAACUCAAAGAAAUGUAUGUGUAUUAUGUUGAAAUUUCAAUGAAUCGACAGAAUGACCCCCCAGGUCUUUUUAACUUUCUUCAUACUUCAUAGAAAAAUAAUUGUACAUAUACUGCGAUUUAUUUCGAAUUUCUACAUACCAACUUUCAUUUUCCAAUAAAAUGAAAUAGUUUCUGUGCUUUUUAAAAGAAAUUAAAAUGUUCACUUUCCUUAGUAUUGGACCUUUAAUUGUUGGGUAAACUGUUGCAUUAUAUAGAGGAAAUACUACACAUUUGGUAUUUUUUGUUGAAUUUUCACUCUUAACAGUUUGAUAGACAAGAAUCAGACAUUUUUACCCAGUUGUUCACAAGACAAAUAUUAGAAAAAGUUGUAUUUUAAUGAAUAGUUUUCAGUCUUGGGGUUACAUAGGGUUUCUUUGGAAUGAAUAAGUUACAACUUCUAAAACUUGGAAAUUGGGGUUUGCGAACUUCCCUUGGAUAAUUUUUUGAUUUUCAGAUACUACUCAUAUGCGCAACAUUUCUUCACAAGCGGAAUUUGUAACGUCAGAUAGUUUGGCAAAUUAGGCAUUAUUAUAAUCUGGCAGCAAAAUCUUGUUUUUUUUUUCUUUUUGUAGGUCAGAUUUAUUUCAGAAUUUGACUUAUUAGAAAUAUAAGAAAUCAAAAUUAAUAUUAGCUGUUAAAACUGUUUCUGCUGUUGUUGUUGCAGCCUUUUCUGUUGUUGUUAAGGAAAGAAAUUCUUUGCCAUUUUCGAAUCAUUGUCUCAUUUGCCAGAAGCAAAAGUAAAGGGCAAAGGAAUCUUUAAUCGAUUUGUCACCAAGAUAGCAUUUGCAUCCAAGAAGCCAGGAGGACAUGCACAAUCUUGGACAUGAUUUUUUUAUGUAAAUGUUGAUUUUUAGUUUCUUUCGUCUUUAAGUACCCCUGUGACAUGAAUGGAAAUUGAAUAGAAUGGUACCACUGUGAUUUGAUACAUAUGUCAGAUAUCUCAAUUUUUAUUUUAUUUAUGAGAUUAAACAAAUUUCCUUAUGAAUGUCUGAUAUGGCUGUUAAAGCAGGUGUCUUAUUUUUUGUUUGAUGCCAACUUCUUUGAAUAGAGAGAAAAAAUCUAGGCCAGUGAAAUAUUAUAGUAUCACUUAAUUUAUAAAUAUUCACACUGGACUUUUAUCUUUCAAAGGGAAUGAUAUAUCUAAAGCUACCAUAUUUCUAGACAAUUUCAUAUGCAUUUUAAAGGUUUACUGGUCAGGUGUGAACUGUUCUUUAAAUGUUUGUAAUAGGUAGAUUUUGUUAAAACAUAAUAUGUUAGAUGUGAAAAAUAGACAAAAAGUGUACACAUAUAUAAAUAAAAACAUGACAUUACAUAAUAUUCCUUCCCAUAGCUUCUUUUUAUGUCAAAGGGGCCUCACUUUACUGCUUUUGUUGUUAUCUAAUGUUGCUCACUGUUGAAAUUUAUUUUUUCUACUUCUUAUUUUUUGUAUGCUCAGUCAGCCUCUUUAAGGUGAUUAUGCAUGUUCAUAUAAACAUAGGUUAGUGCUAAACUCUUUAAUACUUCAUAAAGCCUAGUUUAAAACCUGUGUCUCCUCUAAAUUACCUUAAAACUUGCUAUUGCUAUAGAACAAACAGUAAUUUACCUUGUCUUCCUUAUUCACUUGAAGUUCCCUUAAAGGUUUGAAAAAUGACUUUUAAAAUUUUAGAUAGUGGACAGAUCUUGUUAUCUACCUUAAAGGCCGUCUAUCCUGAAAUGUUUGUUUAUGCAAGGCACUGAAAUUGUCUAUUUAUAGGAUUUAUACUUUUCUUGCGGAGUCAUUGUUCAUUGGAUUAUGUAGUAUUUUAAUUUUGCACCUGUUCUCAUACGUUCUUAUUCAAACCAAGAAUUGCUAUUGUCACAAGGCAGCUUUGUCCUUUUCACAAGAACUGUAAUUGUCAUGAUACUGAAAGGUAAUAGUAAUGACUCGAAAUGUAAUAGUAAUGCUUUGAGAAAAGAACAUAUAUAUAGUAGUAAUGUUAUAAGAAGUGUAGUUGUCUUGAAAUGAAAACUGUAAUGAAUAUGGAAAUGUUUUAGUUUCGAUAUGGUGGAAAAUGUAAUAGAAUGUAAGAGUAGGAAAAUUGUGAUUAUAAUGAUAUGAAAAAUGUAAUAGUGGUAAAUGGUAUAGUUAUGAUAUGAAAAAUUUACUUAUAAUUGUGCUGUGGGGUACCUCCUUAUAAGAUCUACGCAAUCUAUAUACAUGUAACACACAUUUUUGUGCAUGACUGCAGCUGUCUUUUACCAGAAAUAACCUAGGAUAAGAGAUCAACACCAGCUAUAUGUAAAAAAAAAUUGUUCAUGUUUGUGUUAAUGUUGACCUACUCAUUGCAUUUUUAUCAUGUACUGUUUGAUCCAACUUUUCUGCAACAAGGAUUUUCCUGGAUUUCUCUUUGAAUAUAAGACAACACCAUUGAUAUACGUUAUUCUAAUGGGGUAAUUUUAUUUUAGCAUUUUAUACACCAUAGUUUUUUACUUUAUUUGUAAAUGGAUUGUUUUAAGACUUUGAGAAUAUCUUAGUUAGCAUUAAAGCAGCAUGUUCGUGCAAAAAAGUAAAGUUUCUAAGUUAAUUUUGUGAUUUUGUCUAAUUAUUACCACAGGAAAAAUACAGUUGAUAUUAUAAAUUUUUAAUGAUAUUCUACAAAUCUUAAUAAAUCCUACUGCCAGCCUUAGAGAGCUUUAGAAAUGAUAUGUAGUUUAUAUCUGGAUCUUAACCUUUAGCCUGCUGGCAGCAAAUGAUUUUGCCUUUGCGACCAGUGCAGACCAAGAUCAGCCUGCACAUCCGUCACAUGCUGUCUGAUCAUGGUCUGCACUGUUAGCUAUUCAGACAGGAAAUUUUCAGUGAUGAUAAGUGGUACUACCCAGGUUGAAUGAUGAAAUAGUCCCAUUUUAGAAAUAUAGGAGGAUAAGGGUUAAAAAAAAAUAAGGAUGAAAUUUAAAUAAAACCUUGUUACAGAUUAGGUGGAUCAAACAGCAGAAGUAUAGUAAUGGUGCUUCUUAGUUCUGAAAAGAAGUAAGUACAAGGUGAAAAAUGUAUGAUGUAUUUAUGUUAUUUGCACAUAUGGAGAAUUUGUUUGAAAUAUCUUACGGGUCGGGCUUAUUUGUGUAUCACUGUCAUAGUGAACAGUUACUUGACUGAUACUUUCUACACCAAUGUACUAAGAGAGAGUUUCUCUGUAUGUCUUUGAUAUGAAGAUUUAUACCGUAGAUACCCAUGUAUAAUGCGCACCCGUGUAUAAUGCGCACCCCCGAUUCGGGGGUGGUCCCGGGGGUAAAAAACUGUGCAUUAUACAUGUGUAUCUACGAUACUUGAUGAUUUAACAAAUGCAAGCUUUAAGAGUGCUUCUGUACGACUAAUAAAACUGUAGAGUUCUCGAUAUUGACACCACGGGCAUUAAUCCUUGUUUUCCAGUCUUGCUGUACAAUUGAAAAUUGUUGGCUCUAUAUGGUGUUUGGAGACCAGUCACAAAUCAGUUAAAAAAUUUGAGUUUUGAAACCAGUCUCAGACAGGUUAAAAGAAGUUAAAUUUGGAGGCCAGUCGCAAACAGGUAAAAAAAAAAGUGAAGUUUGGAGACCAGUCUCAGACAGGUUAAAAAAAGUUUAGUUUGGAGACCAGCAGGUUAAAAAGGUGGAGUUUGGAGACCAGUCUUAAACAGGUUAUAAAACUUGAGUUUGGAGACCAGUCUCAAACAGGUUAAAAAAGUUGGGUUUGGAGACCACUCUCAAACAGGUUAAAAAACUUUAGUUGGAGACCAGUCUCAGACAGGUGAAAAAAAGUUUAGUUUGGAGACCAGUCUCAAACAGGUUAAAAAACUUGAGUUUGGAGACCUUUCUCAAACAGGUUUAAAAAAAAUUGAGUUUGGAGACCUUUCUCAAACAAGUUAAUAAAAACUUGAGUUUGGAGACCUUUCUCAAACAGGUUAAAAAAACUUUAGUUUGCAGACCUUUCUCAAACAGGUUAAAACAACUUGACUUUGGAGACCAGUUUCAAACAGGUUAAAAAAACUUGAGUUUGGAGACCAGUUUCAAACAGGUUAAAAAAACUUGAGUUUGGAGACCUUUCACAAACAGGUUAAAAAAACUUUAGUUUGGAGACCAGUUUCAAACAGGUGAAAAAAAACACUUUAGUUUAGAGACUCAAACAGGUUAAAAAGGUGGAGUUUGGAGACAAGCCUCAAACAGGUUAAAAAAGUUGAUGUUAGAGACCAGUCUUAAACAGGUUAUAAUAAAACUUGAAUUUGGAGACCAGCCUUAAAUUCCAGCAUCUGAUUGGCUGUUUUGGAGCUGAAUUGACCAAUGGCAGAGUUGUAUUCGGAAACUAGUUUUCUAAUUCAGUUUUAUAACCUUAGGACCUGGUUGUUAGGACUGUAAUCAAUCAUGAUCUACAAUAAUAAGAUUUGUGACUCCAGUCUAAUAUUGAAAACAUUAUUAAUAUGUAAAAUUUAUGUUUUAAAUGUAGUUACAUCUUAUGUCAACUGUCACUCUGCUUUUAAAUUUUGUAUGAGAAUUUUAGUGAAAUCAGCUGCAGCUAAGUGUUAAUGGUGUAUUUUCAAGAGUUGUAUGUCCAAAAUACUCUAUUACUUAAAUAAGGAAAGUGCAAUGUGUCUGAUAUUCCUUUUGCUUAAUUGCUUAUUAAUAUUUGCUUGAAACAAAUCUUCAUAGUUUUAACUAGCCUUAACACUCAAUCAGCAGCCAGAGAUAGUUAAACAUCCAAUCAGCAACCACAGAUUGUUAAACAUCCAAUCAGAAACCAGAUCUAAUUAUAGCUUCACUAGUCUAAACAUAGAAUCAACAACCAGAGAUUUUUAAAUGUCCAAUCAGCAACCAGAUCUUAUUAUAGCUUAACUAGUCUAAACAUUCAAUCAGCAACCAGAAAUGUUCAAAUUUUGUCUCACUUAUUGUUUUUUAUGCCAGGUCUACACAAUACCUCUUAAGUGAAUCCAUUAAGUAGAUUAUUUAGUUGGCAAUAGGUUAUAGACCACUUGUUGACUUUCUAAUGAAUUAAAUUGUUGCUUUUAGUUUACUAUACUCUCUUACUGCAAAACUUAAUGUAUUUAGGUCCAGAAAUGAUCUAUAGUCUAUUCUAAUAACUUCUGACAGGGGAAAAUGGCAUUUUCUUUGAAAGAUUUUAGAGGCCCUUUACAGUGCUACUCACAAGUAAAAUUUCUUUUGGUGUUAAUAACCUUUAAGUACUUAAAUGCAAUAUUUUGACUUCAACAUGUUCAACAAAAUGACAGCCAAGAAAAAUGUAAGUCUUGAAAUUAAGGGUAUUAAGGAAAUUAAGGUAUUUUUAGUUGUAAAUUUUAUUUAGACAGAAUCUUUUUGGUGUUCAAAGAUUGUGCUCUCAGGAUUCAUGCCGGGUUCCAUUUUGAGUGAAAUCGGUCGGAAUUGUAUGACCAUACAUUAUGGUUUGAAAGAAUGUAGAAAAAAAGAAACCAGUCUGCUUCAAAGAUUUUAACCUUCUUUUGGGGAAGCAGUCCAUUUCUGCAUUCAGAUUUUGAUUUCUUAUGAAAAAGAAAACCAGUCUAGUUCAAGGUUGAAUAAUUCAGCCUCCAUAGAAUUUAAAAAGAAACCAGUCCACUUCAAAACAUGGUAGUUUUAACCUUUUUUUAAAGGAAUCAGUCUUAUUUCUGCAGUCAAAUCAUAAUUUUGUCUGAGAAAGAAAACCAAGCUGGUUCUAGGUACAAGAAUUUACUCGCCUUAAGCAUCUUGACUUUAGUCUCCUUUUUUGGGAAAUCAGUCCAUACUUUGCUUCAGGACUGGUUGAAGGAAAAUUAUGUUGCUUCACCAGUAUCAGCAUUAUUUUCAAAGCAUCAUAAUUUUCCUUCUAUGUAAAAGAAACAUUCCAAAAACAUUGUACUCAAUCAAUCAUGUAACACUUUUAGCAUAAAUUUAGUAUACUAUAAAGUCUUCCUUUUCAUAAAUUUUAGACAUUUGUUGUAAGGCCCUAGUUAUAUUAUAAUGGGAAAAAACCUGUUUCAAAAUACUCCUACUACGAAAGGAUAUGUGGAUAAUUUACCAGGGUUUUUAUGUUGCAUCAUUCCAUAAAAAUAAAUCUCAAUUAACCAAGAAAUAUCUUUGCAAAAUUCCAAACCCACAAAAUCAUGUUACCUCAUAUCAGCCGUUUUAGCCAUAACCUCAAAAUUGUUCACCAGUGAUGUUAAAUAAUUUUACACUCAGCUUUUGCAAUGCCUAGACCUGCACACAUGCCUUAAUGGAGUAAAUUUAGUGAAAGAACAAGCUUUGUCAUUACUUCCCUUCAAAGCGGAAUGAUUGUUCUACCAUUGUAAUAAUAUUGUUCAGUUUUUUUCACAUGAACAAAUUUUGAAGGUUUUUGAUAUUUUUAAAGAAGCAAUACGAACGGCACCAUGAGAAAACCAACCUAGUGCAUUUGCAUCCAGCAUGGAUCCAUGCUGGUCGCAAAUGCACUAGGUUGGUUUUCUCAUGGUGCGGCUCAAAUUUAAUACAUUAGCUGUGUUUCUGAAAUGGAUCUAUGAUGAUUUUGUGACAAUUCAUGUGUUUUGUGUAGAUUAUGUAGUACUGCUCUGUUACUAUAGUAUAAUGAAUAAAUUUUUUACUUCUU